AUGUUGGAAUUGGGCACUUGUUCGGUCAGCGCUCAGGCCCUCUCUGACCACAAUGCCCUGGCAGUCCCGUCUUUCAGUCAGGGCAUGUGUGGAGGGAGCCUGCCAUCGCAAAGUUUCCUCCUCCAGCCUCAGGACCCAGAGAGCUGGCUCAAGCACCGGGGAACCCUGGAGGACGGCUCCCACCCCUGUACACUCCUGGAGCCCCAGAGCCUGGCUGACAGCUUCUUGUCCCAUGCAUGCAGUUUUGACACACUCUAUGUCCCUCAUGCCCAUCCCAUGGGUCUGGCACCAUCCUCCCUGGAUCUUGGAGGAUCAUGUGAGGGUGCGGCCUCAUUAUGUCUGGACCCCGUCGUGCCCGUCAGCCCGAAUAUCAUUAAACGGCGCAGGGGGGGACUCAUUGAACAACGGGACAUCGUUAAAGCACACGAGGCACACAAGAUCCAGAGCACCCCACAGGCCCGGCGCAAGGAAUGGGAAAUGGCUCGCUUUGGAGAAGACGUUCCCGGGGAUGGGGGAUCGGUGCGCAGUCGGAACCGGGAUGCACCGGCAGUAUCCACAGGUGCAGUUUCACCAGCCUUCAAACAGACCAAAGCGCAACGAGCCCGAACCAUGGCCUUAUACAACCCCAUCCCGGUCCGACAGAACUGCUUUACCGUCAACAGAUCGCUCUUCAUCUUUGGAGAGGACAACAUCGUUAGGAAGUAUGCUAAAAAGAUCAUAGAAUGGCCAUAUCCUUUUGUCAAAACGGUACAACACGCCCUGCCCCCUAAAAAACACGCUGGGUGUUGA